UAUGGCGUUUCAAUAUUUAGGAAUGAUGAUGGUAAAAUUAGCCCACUGGAAAAACUUCAAAAGGAAGAAGGGUGAUAUCAGUAUUGUUAUUGAGGAUUACGCUGCAGCUAAUAACUCCGAACUGACAAUCCAAAGAGGACAGCAAGUGGAAAUACUCGACCCCACUCCUGGAGAACCAAACUGGUGCUUAGUGAAGUCCCUUACUCCGCCCGGUGAGGGAGAACCCAGUCAGGGGCUUGUACCCCUAUCCACUCUCAAACCCCUACCAGUGAUGCGAGGGCCAGGAUCAAGAAGCAGUAUGGAUCUGGAUGAGACAUUAGGUAUGGCUGGAGAUGCAAGCCCUAGCUCUUCUAUGGUAGCUCUCAACGUUGCUUCACCAAUGAGCAAGAGGAAACCUAGCUUCAGAAAAUGGUUGACAACUCCUGUACGCAAACUUAGUCAACCCAAGAUGGAGAAACAGACAGUCACCAUCUUGGAAUCACACACAGCAGUGCCACCUGAUGGCAGAAUGAUGCGACUCAAGGACCAAAAUGAACAGCCAAAUGAUCAGAUGCAGUCUACAGUUUCCAUGGUGACGACAUCCAAACCGCACUUAGAGGAACCUGUAGAUGAGGACAUUGAGGAAGAAAUAGAGUUACCUCCUCCUAUGGAACUACAGCGCCCCCUGUUUGGACAGGAAGGGUCUCCAGAAGACAUCUCAGCCAAUUUUGCAUCAGUGUCAUUAAAUCCGACAAAUCCACCUGCUUUAGAAGUUAUGACGGAAAUGGAGCAGAAAGUUAGGGAACGCAUUGACCCUAAUGGGGACUGUAACUCUGAACAGCCUGGAUCUUCAGGGUCAGAGACUGGGAACGAUCAACCUAUAGAACCCAGCCAAGAACAACAACAAAAGGCAAUACAGAAACGAAAAUUUGUGAUACAAGAACUCAUUGAUACAGAACGAGAUUACGUUAAAGACCUUGGUUCUAUAGUGGAGGGUUACCAAGCAUACAUGAGUGAGAACCCAAUUCCCGAGAGUAUGAAGGGCAUCAGUGAUGUUGUGUUUGGUAACAUUGGGCAGAUCUACGACUUCCACAGACUGACCUUCCAACCAGCUCUAGAAAAAUGCUUAGAAGAACCAGAACGACUAGGCUCCAUAUUUUCAACACAGGAACGUAAGCUACGGAUGUAUGUAAAGUACUGUGAAAAUAAACCAAAGUCGGAUUACAUUGUAGCAGAGCAUCUUGAUGACUAUUUUGAGGAAAUCCGCCAGAAAUUAGGUCACCGUCUCCAACUGCCCGACCUACUGAUCAAACCAGUACAGAGAAUUAUGAAAUAUCAACUCUUGCUCAAGGACAUACAGAAACACACUGAGAGAAUUGGACAGGAUACUAAACCAUUACAAGCUGCAAUGGUCGUCAUGUGUAAUGUACCAAAGGAGGCCAACGAUAUGAUGCAAGUUGGGCGUCUACAGGGGUUUAAUGGAAAAAUUACUGCUCAAGGGAAACUACUUCUGCAGGACACAUUGUUAGUAGCUGAGGUCCAAGGAAGUGGUCAACCAAAGUUCAAAGAGCGACGUCUCUUCUUAUUUGAACAGAGUGUGAUAUUCAGUGAAAUGACAGAGAGACGACGUGGCACCCUAUCUAACCCCAACUACGUGUACAAAAACUAUCUCAAUGUAAAUAAAAUGGCACUGAAGGAGGAUGUGGAACCAGGAGAGCCACUAAGAUUCAUGCUAAUUAACCGAGCCCCAGGCUCCACAACUCAAUUCAUACUACAAGCCCCUACCUUAGAUAUUAAACAAACUUGGAUACGAAACAUCUCUGCCAGUUUGCAGCUCCAGAAGAUCUUUGGAGAUCGGCUGGCUAAUCCCACAGCGUACCAGGAAGACAUCACCAAGGAGCUAUUUGCACCAGAUCUUGGUAAUCCCCAGAGAGAGCAGCACCUCAGGAAGAUGCAGUCACAACCUCAACCAAUUUCUAAAGGAGAUAACAACUCCCGCUCUCACACGCCACCUAGUGGCCAAAUGAAAAACCAGAUGUCGGAUUCUCAGAAGUACUCGCGUUGUCGCUCAGUCCCAGGGCCAGCAGAAGACUCCACGAUAUCCCCCAGUAACUGUGAUCAAGAAAGUUCCCCACAGGGGCCCCCCAUGGGGGAACCCUCACCUAAACCUAAACAUUUUAUUACAAAGAAAUCAAAGAGUGACACUCCUAUGGGCACAAGGACAGAAAUGGUUGGUGGUAGUGGCCCAGAUGUUGUUUACAAUAGGACUAAUUCUCGAGAGUUGCCCCCCCUUGGGGGCCCUAGUGAUGGAGUUUCUUCGGGGGACGGUGAUAGCAGUAUGCCUAUCGGAGAAACGGUACACGUUGGAAAGGUUAUUUGCGAUUACAACUCUGUCAAAGAAGAUGAAGUUACAGUUCUUCGCGGUGAAAUCAUCCAGGUGAUGUCAUCCAAUCAACAAGGCAUGUUCUUUGUUCAUCGUCCAGCCAAUAAGAACUCUCCUGCUGCAGAAGGUUGGAUUCCUGGCUACGCUAUCGGGCCGAGGGAUGGAGAUGGAAGCCUGAGGAAAAGUUCCUGGCAGUUGUUUAAGCUACGUAUGCAAGGAUUGCGACCAGAGCGUCGUCCAAUGGAUGGUACAGCAAGUUUGGAUAGGAAGUCACGAACACUGCCCCUCACCAGGGAGAGGUCAAAGAUUUCGCCCUCAGACCUGCUUUAUGAGAUGUCGCCCACAGUUUAUCAGCCAAUGGUAAAUGUAACAGUCCAGGCAGGGGACACAGCUAUACUGACCUGUCGAGUAUGUGGACGUCCGAGACCCAACAUCAGCUGGUGUUUCCAAGAAACCAUACAGAUGUUGCCUAGUCAUAAUGUCAGUAUGACAUACACUGAGGAGGGCAUCGCAGUACUACAGAUAAACAACGUGUCAAUGACAGAUAUUGGGGAGUAUGUCUGUAAGGCCACUAGUGAAGUUGGGACUGUGGUCACUUCUGCUGUACUGACUGUCAUAGACCGACCAGGAGCUCCUACUAAACCAAUGAUCAGAAAUAAAGUGGGGACUUCAGUACAUCUAGAGUGGUCUCCCCCUACCAUCGCUAGUCAUGGCAGUCAGAUACAGGGAUACACACUGGAAUUCAGGGAAGCAGGUAAUGAGACGUGGCAGGCAGCCAUUCCAUACGUUCCAAACACGUCGCAGGUGAUAGGGGAUUUGACCCCUGGCUGUUCAUACCAGUUCCGGGUCAGCGCCAACAACAGCGUUGGCAUGAGUGAUCCCAGUAUGCCAUCUGACCCAAUCCUUAUUCCAACAGAGUAUGAGCUCAGUGAACGUGAGGAGGGUAGUAUGGCUGUGUGGAAGACCACGUUUGAUAACGACUUUUCACAAGUGGAGGAGAUAGCCAGGGGGCGCUACGCUGUGAUCCGUAAAUGUGUACAGCAGUGCUCCAAUCAGGAGCUUUCUGCCAAGUUUAUGAAUAGGCGAAUAGCAACUCGUGAAGCUGUAGAAACAGAGUUUAACACACUGCAGUCCCUUCAACAUGAGAAUCUAGUCCAAGUGUUUGAUCUCUAUGAAACGUCUACAAACUUUAUCAUCAUACUGGAACAUUUACCAAUGGGAAGGAUGUUUGAUUACAUUUGUAACAAACCACAUUUUGAUGAAAUUGAGGCAGCUUAUUAUAUCCGACAACUUCUCUGCGUUCUUCAGUAUCUUCACAACUGUCGCAUAGCUCAUUUGGAUGUUAAGCCUGAAAACCUAUUGGUUGAUAGUGGGAUGCCAUUACCACGACUGAAACUAAUAGACUUUGGUGACGCACGCCACAUCUACAAUAACUAUUAUAUACAUAACGUGGCUGGAAGUCCGGAGUUUCUCGCUCCAGAAAUCAUCCGAAGAUCUCCAGUGGGACUCCUCACAGAUAUCUGGAGUGUGGGCGUUGUCAUGUAUGUCCUUCUGAGUGGAGUGUCACCAUUCCUAGAUGAGAGUCACGAGGAGACAUGUGCCCACAUUGUACGUACAGACUACUGUUUUCCUGAUGAAUACUUCGCAGGAAUCUCACCAGACGCUAAGGAACUGAUAAACACUAUGCUUGUGGACGAUCUCAAUAAACGACCGACUCCUCAUACAUGUAUGGACAGCGCUUGGAUUGGGAAACUUGCUAUCUCUCGAUCAUCUCCACUCAGACCUAAACCUCUCUCUACGAGUCGUCUGGCUGAUUUUGUAGAACGCAAGAAACAUCAGAGCGAAGGAUGUUACAGUUAAGUGGUGUUCUACCAAGGACGUGACAAUUAGACACUGUGAUGUGUGAAGAUCUAAUUAGUCGUGAAAAAUUGUCUAAAUAUUGUCUACCAAGGACGUGACAAUUAGACACUGUGAUGUUCUAAGAUCUGUCUAAUCAGGAAUUUUAUCUAAAUAGUGCCAGCAGACAAACGUCUGGAAUACAACAUAUUAAUGAACUGUCAAAAUGGGUGUGUCUGUUGAUGUGAAUUUUGACACAUAUAUGCUUAAUUACUUUUGGAUUCAGCCAUUGGACAUUUUAUAUUUGAAUGGUAUUGAUUUUUUGUGAUAUGUAAAUAUUAAUUACAGUGUUAGUUACCAUGGUAACUCACCAAAGUAACAUAUAUAUAAUAUGUAUAUAAUUUACAUUGUUACCUGGUAAUCAUUAUGUUCUAAUUCUAAAAUUUAAAUGAUUGGUUUAUGUUCAAAUUAAUAUUUAUGAUGAUUCAGUGGUGUCAUCUUUUUUCAGUAAAAUUGAAUAUAAAACUGAAUUGA